AAGGAAUCGGUCCUCCAACGGGUAGUUUCCACCUGUUUUGGACAUGUACACUUUAUUUCGUGGACUUUGGUCAUAUCUUUCUCAGCGAGAUGAAUACUCAAUUUUAAUUCUCGGAUUAGAUUGUGCUGGCAAAACGACGUACCUGGAACAAACUAAGGUCAACUUUGUGCGCAACUAUCGCGCCUUGCCUCUCAAUAAAAUCACCACCACAGUGGGAUUAAACAUCGGACACAUCACUUUAGGUGGAGUCAGACUUAAAUUUUGGGACCUAGGUGGGCAAGAAGAACUACAGUCUCUUUGGGAUAAGUACUUUUCCGAGUCGCAUGGUAUCAUUUACGUAAUUGAUUCAGUGGACGUGGAUCGGUUUGACGAAUCGAAGGAAGCUUUUGACAAGAUGAUACGAAAUCCAGCUCUGGAUUCCGUACCUUUGCUCAUUCUUGCCAAUAAACAGGACGUUUCCGGUGCAUUUCCCGUUGCUGAGGUAAAUAAAGUUUUCUGCGACAGCAUGCGGUUCGUCGGACAAAGAGAUUGUACAAUCCGCGGGGUCUCGGCCUUAAAAGGAGAUGGAGUAUCGGAUGGGAUACGGUGGAUGCUCGACAAGGUUAAAAAGAACGCUCAUCAACGACCGCCCUCACAAGAAGACAUUGCCUAACUGUGAUAUCAGACCGCCACAUGUGAUAGACAAGAACAUUAACUCUUUCAAUGUACGACUGUAUAUAAAUAUGAAUAUAUAUAAAAUGCUCGAACAUCUAUUUGGAGACAUUUAGUAGUGCGUUUGGAUUGACCCGUUGAGCUGACCUGAUGCCAGACGCGUGGCCGCAGCUAAACGCAGUCGCUGUCGCGCUUUCUGGCUCAUUUGGAUGGAACUAAACGGAAGGGAAAAGAGAAUAGUGCGUAUAUGGUGUCAGUUGUGGCACAGGCACAUUCUGAACGCAGUUCGUCUUCCAAAUAAAACCCCGGGCGAUUUUAUCUCAGAGAUCCACAAGAAUAACCUGAACAGGCGGUUCGGUGGCAGCAACAUGGAAGCAGUACACAAAAUGCGGUGUUAUGUGCAAAGAAACACUUGUUCACAAUCGU